GUCAUCAUGCUCAUGCUGGACAUUCAUCGUUAUUUCGUGGGCGUCGUGGUCCAUUACAAGAUGCAUUUCAACCACCUGUCCCCUACGACAAUUGUUGUAUCAGACGCAGCAUCCAGGCCAGAUAUUCACAUGCUGGAGUGGAUAUUAAUUGCACGCCAGCAAGUGUCGGCGUCGUUGCGAUGGGUGAUGGUGAUGUUGUUGAAGCUUGUGAUGGACAAGUCGUUGGUGGUGCUUACACAUGCGCACAAGGCGGAAAUUAUGUUAAAAUCAAAUAUAUUGUUGGUGAUAAACCAUUGUAUGUCUUUUAUUUUCAUUUGGCCCAAGGAAGUGUAGCUGUUCUAGCUGGUACAAGGGUUAAAAAAGGCACUCAAGUUGGUAUGAUCGGUACGACAGGACUUUCCACAGGUCUCCAUUUGGAUGUUACAGCACAAACCAACCAAGGACCAGCUGAUGGACUUUAUAAUCCAACUUCCAUUGUUGAUUUUCGAACAUUUUUGGAAAUGGACAAUUGGAAAGCUUGUUAG